AUGGCGUGGACAGACACAGUCCUUCCCUGUGCUCCAAUUCGUCAGUACAUAACUCCACAGCCUCAGUUUGUAGGUGGCCGAGGCCCUGCCCCCUUCCGCGCUGAUUGGCUGGCUCGGGUUCUAGGGGCGGAGCGUUCGCGGACAUGUCCCACAGUGAAGCCAGGCAUGCUCAACGUGCACCUGUUGCCUCAUACACAUGAUGAUGUAGGCUGGCUGAAGACAGUGGACCAGUACUAUUAUGGCAUCCUAAAUGAUAUUCAGCAUGCGUCUGUUCAGUACAUCCUAGACUCGGUCAUCUCCUCUCUACUGGAGGAUCCCACCCGACGCUUCAUCUACGUGGAAAUGGCUUUCUUUUCCCGUUGGUGGAAGCAGCAGACAAAUGCAACACAGGAUAUCGUACAGAAACUGGUGCGCCAGGGGCGUCUGGAGUUUGUCAAUGGUGGCUGGGUGAUGAAUGAUGAGGGAGCCACCCACUAUGGUGCUAUUGUGGACCAGAUGACACUUGGGCUACGCUUCCUGCAAGACACGUUCGGUAGCAAUGGCCGUCCACGUGUAGCCUGGCAUAUUGACCCUUUCGGCCACUCUCGAGAACAGAUGGGCUUUGAUGGCUUCUUCCUUGGGCGCAUUGACUAUCAAGAUAAAUUUUUUCGGAAGAAGGAACUGAAGAUGGAGGAGGUGUGGAAGGCCAGUGCCAGCUUGAAGCCCCCAAUUGCUGACCUCUUUACUGGCCGCAUCGGGUUUUCCUUUAGCUCUGUAGCAGCGAUAUCCUUCUCAUACUUCUCCUUCAGCUCGGCAGCCUUCUUCUCGCAGGGCUGCCUGUCGUCAGCAGCGGUGUUGUUCCGCAUCUCCCCCAGCUUCUUCACAACGUCUGUGAAGGAGGAUGACUUCUUUCCUUAUGCCGACGGCCCCCACAUGUUCUGGACAGGCUAUUUUUCUAGCAGACCGGCUCUCAAACACUAUGAGUGCCUCAGCUACAACUUCCUGCAGGUAUGCAACCAGCUGGAGGCACUGGCCGGUCCUGCAGCCAACAUGGGACCCUAUGGCACAGGAGACAGUGCACCCCUUAAGGAGGCAGUGGCGGUGCUCCAGCACCACGAUGCGGUCACUGGUACUGCACGGCAGGGCGUUGUAAAUGACUAUGCACGGCAGCUGGCAGCAGGCUGGAGACCCUGUGAGGUUUUGGUGAGCAACGCUCUGGCGCAGCUCAGCUUCUACAAACAGAACUUCUCCUUCUGCCGCGAGCUCAACAUCAGCAUCUGCCCAGUCAGCCAGAACUCAGAGCAAUUCCAGGUAACUGUUUACAACCCCCUGGGCCGGAAAGUGCAUCAGAUGGUCCGACUGCCAGUCAGUGAAGGCAUCUUCUUUGUGGAGGACCCUAAUGGAAAAACUGUGCCCAGUAAUGUGGUGAUACUUCCCAGCUCCUACAGUAAGAAGUACCGAUGGGAGCUGGUGUUCUCAGCCUCAGUGCCUGCCCUGGGCUUCAGCAUCUACUCUGUGGUCAAGGUGACUGUCCAUAACUCCCAGGCUCAGAGCCUUCCGGCCAGGCCCAGGAAACCCAGGUCCUAUGUCUUGGCCAUUGAAAAUGAGUACAUCCGGGCUACAUUUGACUCUGGAACAGGGUUAUUGAUGAAGAUUGAAAACAUGGAACAGAACAUCUCACUCCCUGUGAGCCAAGGCUUCUUUUGGUACAAUGCCAGCACUAGGGAUGAGAAGAGCACUCAGGCCUCUGGUGCCUACAUCUUCAGACCCAGCCAUCUUGAACCACUGCCUGUAAGCCACUGGGCUCAGAUCCAUCUGGUGAAGACAGCCUUGGUGCAGGAAGUACACCAGAAUUUUUCAGCCUGGUGUUCUCAAGUGGUUCGCCUGUACCCAGGACAACGUCACUUGGAGCUGGAGUGGACGGUGGGACCAAUCCCAGUGAGAGAUAACUUGGGGAAGGAGGUCAUCAGCCGCUUUAAGACCCCGAUGAAAACGAAUGGAGAGUUCUACACGGACAGCAACGGCAGGGAGAUCCUGAAGAGGAGACGUGAUCAUCGACCCACUUGGAGAUUAAAUCAGACUGAACCGGUGGCUGGAAAUUACUACCCUGUCAACACUCGUAUCUACAUCUCGGAUGGGCACAUGCAGCUGACCGUGGUGACCGACCGUUCCCAGGGGGGCAGCAGUGUGAAGGAUGGCUCCCUGGAGCUCAUGGUGCACAGAAGACUAUUGGCAGAUGAUGAGCGCGGACUGGCUGAGCCCCUCCUGGACUCAGGGACUGGGAAAAUUGUGAGAGGGCGCCACCUUGUGCUUUUGAGUUCUGUUAGUGAUGCAGCUGAAAGGCACCGCCUGCUGGUGGAGAAGGAGGUCCUGGCCCCUCAGCUGGUGCUGGCUCAGGGUGUUGGCAGUCCCUAUUACUCCUGGGCAGCACCAAGGAUGCAGUUCUCUGGGCUCCUCCGGGACCUACCUCCCCAGGUACAUCUGCUUACACUGGCCCGCUGGGGACCAAAGCUGCUGCUGCUGCGCUUGGAGCACCAGUUUGCUGUGACAUAAGAUUCUGGUGGCAACCUGAGUUCCCCUGUAACCCAAGAUCUGGGCCUGAGGCUGUGGCUUGGUUGGAGUCUGGGGGCCACGCCACAGCUUGGGCCAUACAGAACAGGGUGGCCUGUUGAGAAGGAGUCUGCCCCAAAGGACCUGAAGGAGUCCUGUAGAAAGUCCUGCUUCAGUACUUUGGAAGAGGUGGUGAUUCACCUGGUGAUUUCCCGGCAGAUUGGGGACCCCUCCAUUGUUCUCACGUUCAUUUUCAUAUAUCAAAGGUAUGCAUACUUCUACCCUGAUUGUGAAGAGGAUGAAGAAGUUAUGGAGGCCAUCUCCACCCUCCUGAUCAUACGGAUUGAGAACUUCCCUGAGGAUUUUUGCCAGGCAUCAAUCCUGUCCAUUCUGAAUCAAGUGAAGAACUACUUGAUUGCCAACAUUCCCCAUUCAGAUGUUCUCAUCCGUGUCAAUGAACUCCUGACCCAGCUGCAGGCAGAAGUGGCCAGUGACUCAGAGGCCAGCACUGAGGAAGCCUCAGAGAUGCCUGCAUCAGCAGCACAUCUGUCUCCAUCCUUAGAUCUGGGGAGCCGCACAUCCACAGAUCUCAAUCUUGAAGCCUGUUAA